AUGACUGGUCGAGACUCCGAUAAGGGGCACCGUUAUGUCGCUGCCCUGGACACUGCGCGCUGCCAGAAUAAGUGGGAUGAGCUCCCCGAGCUCAUUCGGAAGGUGACCAAGCAUGCGCCUCAGAAGUCCUGUCUAUUGGAGGUAGCCUCGGCUGAAUAUCAAGUUGCUACAUACUGUCAAAAAAAACCCUCAGCCGCUCGACCUUCUUCGGACUCCGCGUCCAGCUUGCCCGAACUAAUCCCGUCACUCCUAUCAACAGUUGAGAACGGAAGCGGGCCACAGCAAGAAGUAUUCCAGGCACAGGUCUGUUUGGGAUGGGUACAUUGGACGCUCAAUGAACCAGGAUUAGCGGUGGCUCGUUUGCCGAAAGACUUUGGUGAAACGAGCAACGGCCUCUCAACGGAGGAAGCCAUUUCUCCAUGGACUCAAGUGUGCAUUGUUAAGGGUUGCUAUCUUAAAGGUGCCGCACAACGCAUGGUUUCGGGCUCCAUUGAAGCCACCAAGACGUUCAAUUCCCUUGUCCCUUGGAUAACCAACCAUGGCGAAGCAUGUUCAAAUAACCCUCAGUUUCUCUACUGGUCUGAAAAACUGUUAGCUGAAGGUGCUCUGCUAGCUAGCGAGGAAGCGAACAACCAAGUGCCCGCUGUUGAUGGGGAACUAGUGAAUACUGCCUUAAGGCUAUUUAGGCUAUGGUCUUCUCAUCCCUACGUGAAGCAGGGGAUUGCACACCGUGACCAGCAAAUCGAUAGCGGCUCCGAGUCUGUUUCAAAGUCUCUAAUCUGGAAAUCUUACUACAACUUCCUAUCCGCUGUUCUGAAAUAUGACCUGCCGUAUUCCCCUCCGGCCCAUGGACCAGAACGCCCUCAGUUCUCGAGCGAGCUACGGCAUGUGGAGGGUCUUUGUGAAAGCAAUCUCCUCCGCGAGGUUAAGUUUCCUACGGCCGAUUCUCAAAACACUCAGGUGGAAGAUUGGGUCGAGCAAGUAAUCCAGAACUGGGAGGUACUUUGUGGCCCAAGAUGGACCGACGAUGAUCUCGGUGAAGGAGGCCAGAAUGCAGUUGGAAGAAAUGUUCUUGACAUCCUUUACCGCGCUGCUACCAAGACAUACCACUCGCAUUUGAUUCUUCGACGUCUAUUCCAUGUCCAUUCAGCUCUGGCUGAUUUUGAUCUCGCCCUCAAAGCCCUGGACUCUUACAUAGAAAUCGUCACAGGCGCCAAGGAGAGAGCAGAGAAGGCUGCUGGUGCCCAGUAUGGUAAAUUGGAGAAUGAUGGGACUUUACUCAGGACAGUCUCUGAGGGUAUCACUAUGCUGUGCUGCUUUGGCUCCGACAAGGAGGCUGAAAAAGCAAAGGAUUUAACCUCCCUUUUGAAGGAAUUUAUCGAAAAACACGUACAAGACAGUGACAAUGAUCUAGAGGAUGGAAGAACUAAUCUCCUGCCAGAAUCGAGCUCAACUAGCUCUCAAGCUGUGUCUCCUUCUGACAUUGCUAUGGCUUACAGAGGCAUCGGCAUAGGGCUGGCAAACUGGUCCAAUUGGACCCCUAUAAACGAGGAUCGGAAUGAUAUACGAGCCGAGGCAAUUGAUUAUCUGGAAAGGAGCAUUGACCCGGAGCUGAAGGAUGAGGCUAACUAUUCGUCUCUCUACACCCUUGCCCUUCUGCUGGCAGAAGAUCGCGACCUAGACGGUGCGAUUGAAUAUGUCAAAUCUGCUCUGACGACCACUGCACAUCCCGGAGCUAAUGAAGGACACUUUGCCCGGGAACGAGACCUCGUGCCGUUAUGGCAUCUACUUGCGUUGCUACUGAGCGCAAAGCAUGAUUUCGAUAUCGCUGAGCGCUCUUGUGAAGCUGCGUUCGAACAAUUUCCAUCUGCUGUCACAUCACUUGCGCACCGUGAUCGGCGACCACAAAAACAGCAUCACCAUGCUAGGGACCAGUCAGGUUCGCCCGGUCUAGAUCACACCAUGAUUGGUCAGCUGCGAGGGAGAGAAAAGGAGCGCAUUGUUGAGACCCGGAUGACCCAACUGGCGUUUGUCGAACUCCUUGAGGGUCCUGAAGCUGCCGUGAAUCACAGCGAACAACUCCUUGGGCUCUUUGCAACGCUUUUUGGCAACUUGAACCUCGAGGUUGACGACCAGAAGACUGAACACACUGAACAUCUCACCCCUCCGAAGAGCUCUGCAGAUCACAGGACGGACACCAUGAGCGACAACCAGACGGCUAGCGUGAAUGCUUCGGUAGUCCACAACGAAUCGUCUGUCAACAUGGAUGCAGCACCAUCGAUACAUGUGACGGAUGAAGACAAAAAGGUGAGCCAUGAUGGUAUAGCAAGGUCCGACUCGCGGAAACUCCGAAAGCGCAGCAGCACCCUCAAGAAAUCAGACAUGACUCCGGACCAACAAAUGAGCCAGACGAAUGGGGAUAGGACCAACACCGAUCCGCAAGGGAACACUAAUUUCACAGGAACACAACAGCCACAUGAGGAAGGGGGUGUAUCUCCGGACAUGGUUGGGCUUGCGGUCUCUAGUACGGACAAGGAGCAAAGUGCAAAACAACCAUUAAAGCCUAUUUCUCACAACAUCAAGCACACCAAGUAUCCUCCUCCAGUAGGCCAUGCAAAGCAACCUCCCGAACAGGAUGUUCGAUUGCCAACAUCGUACGGGUUCGACUCACCUACUAGGGCAAUCACUAAGCUCCCGCUUAUUCUGGCUCAGAAACAUGCCCUUUGUAUCCUCGUCAAAAUAUGGCUUCUCAUCGCAGGACUUUAUCGACGGGCAUCCUUAUUCGACGAUGCACGCGAAGCAUGUGAUGAAGCGGCCAAGCAUGUCACGAGAGUCGAGGCUCUUUCGGCAACACAAGGCCCGUCGGCUAGGUCUUUCACCGAGCGUGCAUGGGGCUCACCUAAGAGCUCCGAGGAGCUCUGGGCAGAUCUCUUGACGGAACAAGGGCUCUUGUUGAAAGCCCAGUCCCACCCCCAUGAAGCAAUGGAACUUUUCGAGACGGCAUUGUUGCGCGACCCCGACCACCCCAAGGCUACGAUUGGCUUGGCCAACUUUCUUCUCGACAUUUGGGACCAAAAGUUGGCCCUCGAGCCCCCAGAAUCGGAUCUCGAAGCAAAUGUAUCCCUGUUGUCCUUGGCUCCUACACAGCGACCAAGUUCAACGUCAAAGAACCGGACAAGCAGACAGUCAACUACAGAAUCCAUGAAUUCCCGGGCAGAUGAAGCGCCUUCUGGCACCCAAGACGACGAGCCGAGGCUACUGAACCGUAUUGCUGCCCGAGAAAAGGCGUACGGCUUACUCUCGGCCUUGACCAAGCGGGGCAGUUCGUGGGAUAACAAUGAAGCUUGGUAUGCCCUUUCCAGGGCAUAUGAGGCGCAGGGCCAUAUUGAAAAGUUGAAAGAGGUGCUGUGGUGGUGUAUUGAGCUGGAAGAUAGCCGCCCGAUCCGGCACUGGUCUAAUAUUGGCUCUGGUGUAUAUGUUCUGUGA